AUGACAAACAUUUCAAACAACAAGCUAGUGUUGAUGAACGAUGAUGUUUUUUCCCGCGUGUAUACUGCUGGUACAAAUGUGAAGAAAUUUACUCAACAACUGGGAAAGCAGAAGCAGAACUUGAAUGUUGUGAAAGUGAGCGAAUACGUGCUACGGCUCGUGGAAAGCCGUAAUCUGCCGUUGGAAGUGAAUGCCAAAAUAGUGUGCGGAAUGGGACGGAUUCUUCUGCAUCAUUUGCAGAACAUUCUGGCUGAGGUGUUGGCCAUCCAAAAGAGAUCUUCGCUGGACCAGCGUAUCGGAUACGGUGAAAAGAACGUAGUAAGAAAGCUGAAGGUACAGCUAGAGUGUAAAACCGGUGGAGGAAAAAAUCUUGCAGCUCCGCUGGAUUUGGAUCUAGAGUAUUUCGACAUGGAUAUGGACAUCCAGGAGCAAAUUACUGAAAAGGAGGUCAUCUAUUCGCUGUCGUGCAACAAUAACACCACGGUAAAAAACGUAGAAGACAUAACUAUGCGCGAUGAUAUGCGAUCGGAAUGCUACGGAACCCAACUUCAACUGACUGAUGAUAAUGAUUUUGGCGAAACUCUACCCUCAGAAAUGAUGGAUUUUCUCCAUUCCAAUGAUAAUGAUUUUGGCGAAACUUUACCCUCAGAAAUGAUGGAGUUUCUCCAUUCCAAUGAUAAAUUGGUUGAAGAUUCGGUUGCUCAGAUCCAGCCGGAACCGGCUACCUUAGACGAUAUGAUGGAUUUUGAUCAAUCGGUAGAUGCAGAUUUAGACAUGCCAAAUAACAGCAGCUAUAGACCAUUGCACGAGGCUGACAAUAAUGCUCAUAAUCCGCCUGCAGAGCCUGUAGUUGAAAAGCAGAAUACACUAAUAGAGGAGUGUAAGGUGGGACAAAAAAGGCGGUUGAUCAUCGACACUGUCAAGCAAAUUAGUAGUAAUUGUUUCUCCCGAACAAUGUUCAACCAGUCAUCAACAUGUCCUAAACGACAGGCUCCUAGCUUUCAAGAGCUACUAGCAGUACAUAGAUUGAACAGUCUAUUCACGAAACCAAUGCGCGAUUGCUGCAAUAGCUCUAAGUUCGAUCGCAAUAUCCAGUCGUCCAGGAAGCGCAGCAAAUGCUUCAGUAAUAAAUCCAUGGAACAGACUGGCCCCAAACAGCAGAAUGUAGCAGAUUUGCCACCAGAACAAUCUUGCGACGAUCCACAUUUUGUCUCACUUGGGCCUAUGAAGCCGUCAGAAAUGGAAAAUUUCCUAACGUCCUUCAACGGAAACCAAUCACAAUGGGAGUUGCUAAAAAGUUGCGAACCUUCGCCAAGCGAAGGGGUUAAGCAGAAAAAGAAUGAAGGCGUCGUCUCGCAAUACGCUGUUAAAACGCUGCUGGACGCUAUGUUUGCAGAGUCGACGGAAGAUUCCAUACCGUUUAAGUCACUGCAGGCCAAAAUGGGAAAUCGAUUGAUUGCUGUAUCGCUUUUCGCAAAGCUUCUAGAGCUUUCAAAGGAAAAGAUCAUUCGAGUGUCUACGAACGAGCAAGGAGCUCCUUUUAGUGUACAUAAGUACAUAAACUGGAUGUAA